AUGGAAUGGAACCUCAGAAGGAUGGACAGUGAACUUAGACAGAUCAACUCAGACCUGCUGCAGCCCAGCAAGAGCAUCAAAAAGCCCUCCUCAGGAACCAUCACCCUCAACGUAGGGGGCUUUCUGUAUGCCGCGCACCGAACCACCCUCAGCCGCCACCAGGGGUCCGUGUUGGAGGAGCUGGCCAGUGGCAAGAAGACCGUCCAGCACACUGACUCCAUGGGCAACCCCUUCAUUGACCGCGAUGGCCCCGUGUUCCGACACAUCCUUAACUUCCUGCGGACCGGAGACCUGCAGCUGCCCGACGACUUCAGAGAGGCGGGCCUUCUGAGACGGGAAGCAGAGUUCUACCGCCUCAGCGGAUUGCUGGAGGCCAUUUUGGAGUGGGAGGGGAUGCGGGCAGCGCAGCGGGAGCCCGCCUUCCUGGAGGUGACUGACGAGAGGUCGCAGGGCUUCAAGGUGUACUGCAGUGACCCCACUUUCAUUGACAAGGUCAAAGGUCGCCUGGUUCAGAUCUCAAAGAGCCGGCUGGACGGCUUCCCGGAGGAGUUUGAGGUGUCGUCCAACGUGAUCCAGUUCCGCCACUUCAUCAAGUCGGAUCCGGGCUCCAGGCUGGUGCUGAAGCAGGACAGUACCUUCCUGUGUACCCUGGAGUGUCUGAAGCUAGAGACGGUGAUGCUGGCCCUGAAGGCUGGCUUCUCUAUCAUCACCUCUCUGGACAGCAGCAAGGGAUCUGUGGUGGCCGCAGAGGCACUGCACUUUGUCAAGUAA